AAAGGUCAUAAUGGAUCUGACCACCACGUGGAGCUCACUCAUAAAAGUGGGCAGGGCAAGCCUAAAAAAGCAUAUAACCACAGCAAGUUUCUUUUUCUUUGCAAGAAAAGCGUUCAGGAAUUUACUCAGACAUGGCUGUAUUUCUGGGUGUGAUUGCUGUCCUUUGCUCCAUUCUACUACCACCUGUCUACUCCUCUGAAGACCUCUUACCAUUUGAGCCGAUUCAAUAUGUCAAAGGCCAACUACCGGACUCUGUGUCGACCCCGUUCACCAACCUUAUAGGAGAUGCAACACCCACACAAGCAGCAGAAUUCAUCACCAAGGCGAAAGUACUGCUAAAGUCACAUCUGGGGAAUUCUGGGACAAGUGCUAUAUUAAUUAAAGGAGAGAGGGUGAUGGUGCAACGACGAGCAAGUGGAUUGCAAUGGGACUCUAAAAUCAAGCUUCCAUACUCCAAUACUAUUUCACUAAUUAGUUCACUGCUCCCGAUUUUGUUGGAGGGCUACAAAGGAACUGCAAUUAAAGACCCAAUCGAGAAAGUACUACGUGGAAAGGAUCUUACCCAUCCUCUAGUAGCUGGUCGCGAAUCACUGAGCUUCAUGGACAUUUUGAACAAAUUACCUUCAGUUGGAAAAAAUAUUGACCUUGAUUCGUCUUCUCUUCUUAGCAGUCUGUUGGCCAAUGGUGAGCUGUCGAUCCAUUUCGUUAAUGCAAUCCUCGACAAUGCUGCUCAUGAAGCUUGGAUGGAUGCCUUGAUGGCGAUUGGAAGUGCCGACAUCCAACUUGAUAGCAAUGGGCAGUUAAUCAUGGAUCUUAAUAGCCUGUUGCAGUUCGCCCUAACCAUCGCUCAUGACCUGAAAAACAUUGGAGCAGCAGUGAGGAAAGAAAGGAUCCCUCUUGACAAUGGCAAGUACUUGUUUGGUUGGUGGUUCAACUGUCCAAAAGACUCUAGCUCUAGCUGUCUCAUUCCCAGUGCCCCAACAGAUACCAUUUUCUCAUUAAGCCCUGAUCUUCGUUUGUAUGUCACUCCAAGUCUGGAAUUGACCCUCAUGAUUUUGGGACCAGGAGCCAUCUCCACCUCUAAAGGCAAGACGUUGGAGUCUAUUGCCGAUAUCUUAAUUGAGGAUACUGAGAUUUGGAGGCAGCUGGUGUCAUCUGUUGCUGAAGAUAAAAGUACAUCUGAAGCUGAAGCACACCAGAGUCCUGAGGCAAAUACAAAGACUGUUCCAGAGUCACCUAACGAGAAUAUUGAAACCGUUGAGGAAAAAAUUGAUACCGGAGAUGAAGAUCUGAUUGUUUUAAUUCACUGGGUAUGGCCUAUCCUUGUGUUCUUGUUCUGGGUGACUUUCAGCCACUUGUGGGUGUAUUGGAUACUGCAUAUUUUCUGGAUUUUCUUGACGAGUGUUUCCAAGCGAGCUUAUUCACCCAGGCCCAAGACAGCUGCUGAGUCUAAGAACUGAUUAUAUGGACCACGUGUGUUUAGUUUCUGAUUGUUAUCAAUUUACCACAAGUGAAUUAUGAUUAUGUGAAAUUAGCCAAAAUUAUGCAAUUGUACAUGAGUUUUGUAAUGGUACCUUGUACAAUUGACAACGCUAAUACAAAGAAAAUUCUAGCAUUGUUA